CAUCAGCGGAAGAAAAACGUAAACAGACGUGGAAGCGAGCGGUCGUGCGGCCCAGCCAGCGCCGUGAUUUCCUCAGAAAAAAAGAGAGGCAGGAUCGUUAAAACGUAGCGUUGACGUGUCCAGCCGAGGGAUCACCGGACCGAGAAACCUGGCUCACGAGGCUGCGGAGAGACAAGCUCUAGGUGGUUGAAUAUGGGACCAGACUGACUGAAGCCAUGUCGACAAAGAUGAAAGACGCAUCGCGGGGAAGCGGGGUGGUCUCCCUGGCCGAGCAGGCCAUUGACAUCCAGAAGACGGGAUACCUGAGGAAGCUGAAGACGAUGAAGAAGAAGUUCUUUGUCAUGCGGAAGGAGUCGGAGGCGGGACCUGCCCGUCUCGAGUGCUACGACAGUGAGAAGAAGUGGAAGGCCGGUGUGCUACCCAAGCGCACAAUAGUGCUCCGAUCCUGUUUCAACAUCAACCGCCGUGCGGACGCUAAGCAGCGGCAUGUUCUGGCGCUGUACACCCGGGAUGACUCCUUUGCGCUGGUGGCUGAUAAUGAAGCCGAGCUGGACGAGUGGCUCACAGAGAUGCUCAGACUACAGCACGGUUCGAGCGACGUUGAUGGUGAUGCCAGGCCCAAGCCCCUCUUCGAACAUGUCUGGCAAGUGAAUGUGAAGACGAAGGGCCUGGGUAGCAGUCGCAACAUCACUGGCCCCCAUCGACUCUGCUUGACUGCCAGUGCCCUCACAUUGGUCAAGAUGCACACGGACCAGGAGAACCCCGAGGCACUCGAGUUCCCUCUGAUGAGCAUACGCCGCUGUGGCCACUCCGACUGCUUCUUCUUCAUGGAACUUGGCCGUUCCUCGGUCACCGGCUCUGGAGAGCUGUGGAUGCAGACGGAAGACACAGUCAUCGCUCAGAACAUGCACGAGACCAUUCUGGGAGCAAUGAAGACCUCUCGAAACAAGGAAGAGCUUGGUCCCUUCACACGUCCCCGAAGCUCGUCGACGAGCGAGAACAGCAAACCGAUCACUCACAAGCGGCCGGCGCAUGCCGUGGCCACGACGACGCACGCUUCCACAAGCUGCAGGGACCGGUGUGACUCCAUGCCCACAUCCCGCAGCCGCAACAGCAGCGAGUCCCAUGGCGAGAGCAGUGGGCUCUCUCGGACCCACACCACUGAGUCGACGGCCAGGCCCCAUAGCUCUUAUGGGAGGACCUAUUCGGUCUCCCCACCGUCUAACAACCCCAUCACGGUCGGCUCAUUUGACAGCACAAGCAGUGUGCUGUCAGCGGAUGAAACAGAUGGACAAGCUGAGUACUUCAACCGGUACAGCCACUCACUGCCAAUGGACAUCAUGGCUGGACCCAAGGAGCCGACCAUCAAGGAGGAGGCUGCUGUUGAUGAAUACUUGAUGAUGUCAUCACCAGUGGGCAGCAGUAAAAGUUCCCACUACUCUCGUCCAACAACUCUUGUCAGCAACCCCUGCACGCAUCAACAGACAAACAUGUCUGAGUCCAGUGACUACCUAAAGAUGUCCAUGUCUCCAGCAUCUAACGUACCUGAAGGAAAUGGAGACGGCUACAUUCCGAUGAGCCCUGUCGGGUCAAUGAGCUUGAGCAGCUCCAUGGAGAAGGCUGCUGCGCCAUCGUCGUCGGUCGACACAGGCUACCUGUCCAUGGAGCCGCAGGGAGGCGCGGCAAGCAGCUGCACCACCGUGCGGCCGGUGAGCCACGCGAGCUCUUCCUCUCCGACGGUGGUGCACGCAGGCUUCCCCACUGCAGUUCUCUCCGUGCCUCCGUCCGAGUACAUGGACAUGGCUCCGCUCUCUUCAUCGCUACCCAAGUCUGUUGGAGAGAGCUGCACUGACUUCAGUGGCAGCUGGUGCUCAGCGCAUAGCCUUCAAGAUGUGCCAAGUUCUUCCUCUCCACUUUCAGCUAGCUUAGAGGGUUUUCAUUUGGACAAGGUCAAGUCCUACUUUUCUCCAUCAGAAGAUGAUUCCGAAGCAUUCAUCAAGCCUGUGCGGGCUUACUCAAUUGGCAGCAGGCAGCAGGUCAAGAAGACCUCCUUCGCAGGCCACCUAGAGCAGUCUCGCGUCCGUGCAUAUUCAGUGGGAAGCCAGGUGGCGCCAACUGCCAUGCGGCGUCGCAUGAAGAAAGACACCGACGCUGAUGUGAAUGCCAUGCAGCGACUGGAGGGUCAGAAGUCGUCCAGUGUGCCCACUCUGCAAGAGGAUGCCUCCCACCAGGCACCGCGGGCACUCAACUACAACGAGGACCUCAUGGAGAUCAACUAUGACCGUAGUGACCUCGGUCAGGGCAGUAGCACAACCUCUGUGACAGAUAAGAGCAGUGUCCUGCCUCCUACCAGCACGAAACAACCCGAAGCGUCCGAGGCUGUCAGAAAGCUAAGCACAGCUAGCACUCCAAGCACCACCAAGACGUUUGACGACUACAUGCUGAUGACUGGCUCAGAGUCCAGUGCCGGUGGGGGCAGUAGCGGCUACCAGCACUCACUCACUAGCCCCACCAGCUCGAACCAACCAGAGAGGAAGGUGAGUGUCUCUUCGAGUGGCAAGCAGCGGAAGGAAGACUUGGGUAAAGAGAACCACCCUGGAGGUCGGAGCAGCAGCUAUACUGGUGUUGUGCGGAGGAGCUCUACCACACAGCAGGCCCUCAGGGAGGACAACACCGUGCCUGUGUCCAGUCCGCCACCAUCAAAUGGGCUGAACCAGCCUAAGACCGAUAACGACUACGUUGCUACGGAGAUGACCAAGAAGGGUGUGGCAUUUCUCAGCACAUCAAACGGCACAGUUUCCAAGGGAAAGCCUGGUUUGUCUUACCACAUGGGAGUGCCUCCACUGACGACCACGUCGCUGCGUCCCGCUUCACCUGAGAGCCAGCAGCUGGGAGAGUACGUCAACCUGGACCUGAGCAAGACCAUGAAGUGGACACAGCCUGUGAAGAUGCCAGUGUCCAGUGGCGAUACGACACCGACGGCAUCCAGUGCCAAUGGAUCCUCUUCGUGGAGCAGCAGCCCAAAGCUACCAGCCGAGAGCUCCAGCGGCUUUGCCAGGCCGGCACCACUUGCUGUUGCAGAGUCAUCGUACGUGCAGCUACGAGGUCUCGCAGACCCAUCUGUCGGUGCAGCACCCCAGCAGGUGCCACCUGAGGCCAACUACGAAAACAUUUCUCUCAAAGGAGGUGCCGCCGAGGCGCCCGCUGAACGAGUGCUCAAUUACGCGUCGCUGGAUCUUGCGCCACCCAGCGGUGAAGACGGAGCGCCGGGUGCCGUGCAGCGCUCGCCGCGUGCCGCCGCCACCACCCCCGUGGACCCAGACACUGAGGAAGGGCCCACUUUUUCCUAUGCGGAAAUAGACUUCACCAAAUCUGAGGGACUGCGCAAUGUUUCCGGUUACCGUUCGUGAAGGCCCCCUUUUUGUAGUCAGUCCUGCUAUGUUUUUUUUUUUUUUCUCUCAUUCUUUUUUUUGACUCACUAGUCAAGUACUGGAGCUUCUAGGUGAUGAUCAGGGCAACCUGUCACUUGGGGUUUAGGUGGUACAGAAAGGGAACUCUGCGGUGACAGACAGUGGGACUGGUCCACUUCCUCGGCGGGGAGGUGACUUGUGUGCAUGGCAUGCAUGCCUGCCUGCUCAUAAGAUGCUGCUAUACUAUAAACAGCGUGUGGUUGAUCCUUAUGUUUUUUCAGAGUGUAAUGUAAAUUGAGAAUGUGUGCAAGUGUGUGUGCGUGUGUUGCUCUUGGUCGCAGUAGUGUAGACUCCCCAUUUUCAUUUUGACCCGAGUAGCUAUGUGCGUGUACAGGAGUGCAUUUUGUGAAUUAUUCCGGGUAGCAAGCACCAAAUCUGCGGCACGCCAUGACGUGUAUAGACAUGCUGCUCGAAUAUCACUGACUACAGGCGUUAUUGGUUCUGUAUGUAUGUACUGUGUGUAUAUGUGCAUAUCCACCUUAGGUGUCCGAGCUUUAAAAAAAAAUGUGGGUGUGUUCUAUAUGUAUAUGGGUAUGUAAAUUUGUUCUUUGUUCUUUUGUGAUCUAUACCUGUUGUAUAUGAAGUGGCAUUCAUUGCAAGGGAGAGUGAAAUAGGAAGACCAGGCCUAGAGAUGUGGCCAGAGAUGUCAGGCUUGAACUGUUGGUGGUGUGGCCCCUUUUUUUUCUUCCCUUCUUUAUUAAGUUUUUUUGUUUUCCUUUCUAAACUCUAAAACAAUAAACAAAAGAUGUGUCUUGGUUACACUGUUGGAAGCUUGAUGCUAAGGGGAAGUGAAAAAAGGCCAGGAUACUUGAACACUUUGCUGGAGAGGUGCAAAACUCUUGUUCUUGCACAUUAUUAAACUUUGUCGUUUUGUUAGGAGCUGUGAUCCCUUGCUUUCUCACUGAAAAGUUGAAAUAAGAAAUUGGCGAAGGUGUCGAAAUCAUCGCUUAAUGGGAAAGGUGUGGCAUCACCAAGUAGCUGCUACCGUAAUCUUAAGUGCUCUUGUUGGUGUGAGGGACGGAAAUGUUAUGGCAGCCAUUUUUCUGUCCAGUGCCUAAUUGACACACUUGUCGCAUUACGUUGCGAUUUAACAUUUUAGAGGGCUUGUCAUCGAGAGAGAAAAAUAAAGAGCCACUGGUGUUCAGUUUUCUCAUGGGGGAAGUGCCGUUUCAAACAGCUUUGAAAGUGCCUGUAACUUUUGAUGUGGCAUUCCUGUUUCCCGAUCUACGCUGGUGACCGGUUAAAAUGCUUAAGGUAGUUUUGGUUCAUUGCACCUGUCACCUUCACUUGGAUCUAGAGGUGUUCACUGCUUGUGCUCAUGAUUUUUUUUCCCCCCUUACAUGCUGUUGUUACACGUGUCCUCUUUGUCUGGAUGAAUCUUGUGGCCACAUCUGACGUAUUCACUUUCGCUGUGUUAGCAUGUUUUUUCUCCCUCCUUUUAAUAUUUCUUGUCUGUUUGUUUUCCUGAAUGUAACGCAGACUAGGAUUUGCAGGAAGGUUUAGUCAAUGGUCACAAGAGGGCGCCAGGAGAUAAUGUCUCUUGCCACAGCGUUCAGGACAGACACCACGUGCAACUCCGCACCUCUCCUGUCCUUAAAGAAUUGCCAAGAGCUCCCUGGUGGAGCAGCGUCCUUUUCUUGUUUUUUCUUCCUGUAGGCUGCAUUUGUGUUGAGUUAAAUGUAAGGAUCGUGUAAUCCAAUUUUCAGAAUUGGGUUCUCACCCACAUUGUUGCUUGCUGUGGCAGGUGUUGUUAAAUGUAUUCUGGUGCUUACACACUUACACGGACACACUGAGAAAAAAAUAUAUAUAUAUGGCUGCGGUGCUUUUUCGAAGGCACAACUCUAUUUUGUUGGCCGGACUUCUCAGCGACAGUCAGUCGCAUAAGGUUAAAAAAAAGACAAAAACCCUACCUUGGAGCUAAAAGUGGACUUCAAGCUACCAAGCUACCUAGCCUGAAAGUUUCAAAGAUGUACAUAACUGUGAUGUGGGCCGUGUGUCUCCCUUGUGAGUGCACCAGUGACUGGCGUGUUGUAAAAGGAAAGUGUUGUGAAUGGUUGCGAGUUUCCGUGGAAGAAUCGUCAGUCGAGAGGUGUCGCUUCAUCCGUCAAGACCUACGCAGGCCUCGAGUUGCCACACUCUCGCCAUUGUGUCGACGAUGGCAUGUGCACAGCCAUUCGAGAAGCAUCUUUCAACCACUCACUUGUGCUUGCUGCAUUGCUCUUGCAGAUGACUUCGUUGCGAGGGUCUAAAUCUGAAAGUGUUGUUUUUCAUGAAGCCAUUGUUUGGUAAGUUAUGCACAAGUGCCGCCGCAUUGAAAAAUAUCCUGUGUUGUAGUCGAGCAUUGGCAAUUCGUUUGAGACGUCAAGAAAAAAAUGCAACUCGACUGACACUGCAGUGUCAGGCUGUCUGUCACAUUCGCCAAAAUGUAGCGUCUAAGAAUUCGCUUGCGAAUUGUAGCACGGCCAUUUGAACUGGCAUAGGAAUGCACUCAAAGGUAUUGCUAUUGACGCUCGUGGCAAAGUGGCAAGCUGGAAUAUGACUAAUUGUGACAGUGUUUCACAGGAGGCUUUUAUCAUUAAGUUGUUUGUUUUCCUUGCACGCAAAAUUCUUCACACUUUUCCCAAUGUCCAUGUCUUUCAAGCAUGUUUCCGCUUGCCAAAGAGCCUGCAGCGUCAUUAGCACUGCCAUCUCGUCACGAAUUGACCCCGGCGCCUCGUCUGGCGAGUGUCAAAGGUAAUGCCUACGUGUGUUGCAGAGGUAUCAAGGGAAUUGACCUCUGAUUGAUACUUUAUUUAUGUACAAAUGAAUGGCCUUUAGCAUUUACAAUGUGAACAAACCAACCCUCCCCCCCCCCCCCUCCCUCUUCCCACCCCCAGGCAUCGGUGCAUUGCAGCUUGUGGCACAUUGUAGCCUAUGGUUUGGAGGUGUGUGCGUGCUUGACAUCUAUGCGAUUGUUGUCAUUGGACGGGAGCUGCUCCUUUCUGUUGCUCUAGCCAAAUAAAAGCUCUUUGAAUGUGCA